CUCCUCUCCUCUCUCCAGGCCCAGUGCUUUGCUUCGUGGGGACACGAGCGCGAUGGAGCCGGAGCCAGCCCGGCCGCCGCUGUGGCGUGUGGGAGGAGUUGAAGGUUCCCAGCCUGCUCCUGCAGCAGCCAUUUUGUGCUUCCGAGUGACAGCGGGCUCGGGCCUCGCUCCGGUAUCGGGCUGUCUCUGCUGCUUGGUUAGACUGAGGGUUACUAUUCGCAAACUGCAGAUGAAGCUCUGACUGGACUGUACCACUUCCCGUAACAUUGAAUGUGCCUCCAUACCAAAACAUCAACGGCUUUGCACAUAGACGUGCUAGAGUUUUGUUUUGUUUUUAAUGUAUAAGAAUGUAUUUUUGCCUAGGAGCAUUCAAACAUGUGAACGUCACCCUCAAUCUACUGGAGUCUCCCAAAAGUGAUUAUGCAUACAGGAAGUGGAAUGUAACAUUUGUAACUGCGGAAACAUUGGUGACUCAAGAUCAUGGCAACUAUUGAGGAACUGGCCCAUCAAAUCAUUGAACAGCAAAUGGGGGAGAUAGCACAUUCCCAAGGAUCUGUUACACAAACAUUAAUGGAUGGGACAGCACAAAGAAUUCAGAUUGUCCCUGCUGAUACAAGCCUCUCCUUACCACAGCGGAUACAAAUUGUUACAGAUCAGCAGACAGGGCAGAAGAUUCAGAUCGUUACAGCACUUGAUCAGACUGCAGCAGGCAAACAAUUCAUUUUAACAAAUCAUGAUAGUUCUACCCCAAGCAAAGUGAUCCUUGCAAGACAAGAUGCUACUCAAGGAAAGGUUUUUCUAACAACUCCAGAUGCUGCAGGGGUCAACCAGCUGUUUUUUACAUCUCCAGAUAUAUCUGCUCAACACAUUCAGAUUUUAACAGACAAUUCUUCUGCAGAACAGACCCUAAAUAAAGUAUUUGAUCUCUGUGUUGUUUGUGGAGACAAGGCAUCAGGGCGCCAUUAUGGAGCAGUGACAUGUGAAGGUUGCAAAGGAUUCUUUAAAAGAAGUAUACGAAAGAAUUUAGUAUAUUCAUGCCGAGGAGCAAGAGACUGUGUGAUUAACAAACAUCACAGAAACAGAUGUCAGUACUGUAGACUGCAGAGAUGUAUUGCAUUUGGAAUGAAACAAGACUCUGUUCAGUGUGAAAGGAAACCUGUUGAAGUAUCACGAGAAAAGUCUUCAAAUUGUGCAGCUUCUACAGAAAAGAUUUAUAUCCGAAAAGAUUUGCGAAGUCCACUUACAGCAACUCCAACUUUUGUAACAGACAGUGAAACAGCAAGAUCAACAGGAAUGUUGGAGUCUGGAAUGUUUGUGAACAUUCACCAGUCUGGUAUAAAGAAUGAGCCUGCAGUUUUGAUGACUGCAGAUAAGGUUGAAACAUGUCAAGGAGAUUUAAGUACUUUAGCAAAUGUGGUAACAUCGUUAGCAAGUCUAAGUAAGUCCAAAGACAUGUCUCAAAGUAGUCCUGAGCUGUCCAUGAUAGAAAGCUUAAGCAAUGGAGACACAUCAUUGUCUGAACUCCAGCAAGAUGAGCAUGCAAAUACUGAUGUCACAAGGGCAUUUGACACUCUUGCAAAAGCAUUAAACCCAGGAGAGAGUGCAUCAUGUCAGAGCUCUGCAGAAAGUAUGGAAGCCAGUGCACGUCUGGUUGGUGAAGAAGCAAGCAUGAAUAUUGUUGAAGUAGAGGGCCCACUUCUCAGUGAUGCUCAUGUAGCUUUUAGGCUCACGAUGCCUUCUCCUAUGCCUGAAUACCUGAAUGUUCAUUAUAUUUGCGAAUCAGCCUCUAGAUUACUGUUCUUAUCCAUGCACUGGGCACGGUCUAUUCCUUCCUUUCAAGCUCUAGGGCAGGAUAACAGCAUAUCAUUAGUGAAAGCCUGCUGGAAUGAACUUUUUACACUUGGUCUUGCACAGUGUUCACAAGUAAUGAAUGUAGCAACUAUAUUAACUGCAUUUGUUAAUCAUCUUCAUAAUAGUUUACAACAAGAUAAGCUGUCAGCAGAUAGAGGAAAGCUAGUGAUGGAACACAUCUUCAAACUGCAGGAGUUCUGUAACAGUAUGGUGAAGCUUUGCCUAGAUGGUUAUGAAUAUGCCUAUUUGAAAGCAAUUGUCCUCUUCAGUCCUGAUCAUCCAGGCUUAGAAAAUGUGGUACAAAUAGAAAAAUUUCAAGAAAAAGCAUAUAUGGAAUUCCAGGAUUAUGUAACAAAAGUAUAUCCAGAUGAUACCUACAGGUUGUCUAGGCUGCUUCUCAGAUUACCUGCUCUGCGACUAAUGAGUGCUGCUAUCACAGAAGAAUUGUUCUUUGCUGGACUAAUUGGAAAUGUUCAGAUUGACAGCAUCAUACCAUAUAUUCUAAGAAUGGAGACUGCAGACUACAACUCUCAAAUAAUUGGUCAUGCUGUAUAAAAGUUAAAUCACGGAAUCUAUACCAUGGCAAUCAUGGUGAUUGUAAAUGUACAUUAUCUCCAAGAGAUAACAAGUUUUCCUAUGCAGUUAUAACAAGAAAAAUAAAAGAAGGUGCCACUUCCUCUUUACCAAUGUGUUUGGAAAAUACAGUGGAAUAUCCUGAGUGGUACAGGACGAUUUACAUUUUAUCUGGUUUUCAAGAACUUUGUACAUUACUUUAGAACCUAAUGAAAAUCAAGAAGUGUAGUUCAUCCUAUUUUUGUAGUUUAGUUAUACAUGGAACUUAUGAACUCCAAGCAAAUGUACAAAAACUAGGCUUUGAUGAAAGAGAAACUUCAUCAAGAUGUUUCAACUGAUAUUUUAGAAAAAAAUAAAUUAACCUUCUUGCCAAUGUUGUGUUUUCAGUAUCUUGUUUCUGCAAAUUUCACUGUUGUCAGUUUGGUGUAAGUCUGAAGUCCUGAACAAGCCAACUUAUUUCUGAUGUGGCUGGAUUACAAAGUUUUGGAUAACUUUGAACUGCUUAUACAAAACUUCAUUUUUUAUUUAAUGAACUGGUGUUUGUUAAAAUCGAAGGGAAGUUACAGAAAAUUUGUAAAAACUAGCUUGACAUCCUGCUAAUGCCCCAAAGCAGUGAUUACACUACUCACUAUUACUUGGGUUAAUUUCAACCACAAAUAAUUGCCAUUUUUACAGCUAUAUCAGAUGCUAAUCUGUUUUAGGAAUAAAGAAUUUGAUAUUUUAAUUGCAACAGAUAUUCAAUGAUCCAGUUUGCAUGUUACAACUACCUAUGGAUUGUUUAAAUCCAUGGGUAUUUAAAUCCAUGGGUAGUUGUGAACAAGCAGGAACAUGCAUGCAUGCCAGUUCCUCUGUAAUAAAUGACCCAGGGAUGCUUCAUCCCUCAACAACCAGAGUUCUGUGUUCGGACAACAUGGCAGAGUUGUUUAUCUCUGGGGGAAGGGGGGAGUGCACGGGAACCAGCAUGCACACUCACUCCCACUGCAUCUUCAACCACCCACACUUUAUUAACUGGGUUGUUGAAGAGAUGCGAAAUGGGUCAUUGUGUGUCAUCCUUCAAACUAUCCUCAUUUUAAUAAUGUUUGUGCUCAUAUACAUCUAGAUAAGAAUUAGAUUUAUUUAACAUGGAGGUGCUCUUCACAAGUCUAUGAGCUAUCACAUUAAAAUGUACCACUCUUAUUGGAAUUGGAUCUCAUACAGGAAUCCUGUUUCUCCUUCAAGGCUAAGAUAGGUUUCAAGUUCUCAUAAUAAAUUUUGAUAAAUCUAGAUAGUUUCUGAAAUGUUCAUAAGCAAAUAAAUAAACCAUGAUGGAACAUACAUUACUGAAUAGCAUCCUGCUUUUCCUAAACAGUAGCAAUCAUAGUACCCUCAUAAUUGCAAAUUUUAUGUUGUUUAUUGUGUUUCCUGCUUAAUAUCUUCAGUCCUGGAAAACUUUUUCCGGAUGCACUUUGUGAUUCACUAAAGGCUGCUUGUUUUUAAUUACUGUACAGUAAAAAUAAUUUAGCAACAACACAAAAUAGUCAUUUACUGUGUCAAGGAUUGCCCAUAUAGUGUUCAUUGUUUUGGCAAUUCUUGUUUUCACCCUUGGUUUCAAAUGUUAAGUAUUGAUCAUAGUAAUACAACUGCAUCUAAUUGUCAAGUUAAGGCCUUUAACAGCCAAUGAAAAAGGCCUGUAAUUUGAAGGAUAGGAUUAUUUGCAUCAGGCUUUAAAAAUUGAUUUAAUGUAAAGGAGUACUCUUUACAUAGAAUGAGUCCCCUAACAAUAAUGAAGUGAAUCAUUAAUUUUUGUCCAGAAUGUGUAUGCACUUGGGCACAUGCAGGUAUGCAUUACACACUAAUUGUAAUAUAUUUUCUUGAUGAUGUAUUCCUAGGUACAUCGUGUAAUUAAUUUAUCCUGUUUUAGUCCUCCUUAAAGGUCAACUGUAUUGGUGUCAAUACAUUUGUUAAACCCAAAUAUUCUUGGCUGUCACUGGACAAUUUCAUUCCACUUUUGUACACAUUUUUUUUGUGGUUCAGUUUUAGCGUAUGCACCAGAAUGUCCCAAUGGCUGUCUUGUUGUUGUAUAAUAACUACUGUAAAUGUCUUGAAACCUGAAGAAGUGUAAAUUCUAUUUUGGCUGUAUUUUUAAAAAAUAAAUUGUAACUUUUAUUAUA